AUGGCUCUCAUCCUCGGCCUGAUCCUACGACCCCUCAUCUCCUCGUCGCCCUCCACACUCACAGCCACAUCCUCCUCCUCCGAAUCCUCCUCUACGCCAUUCUUGAAUGCGGUCGCCCACCGUCGCUCCGUAUACACCCUCUCCAACAGCAGCACCAUCUCUGACACACAUCUCGUCUCCAUACUGGAACAGGCGCUGGAAAAGACGCCAGCGGCGUUUGGGAGUUUCACAACUAGGCUCGUUCUGCUCCUGAGGGGGGCACAGGUGAGGAUGUGGGAUUUGGUGGAGCGGGUAUUGAGGGCCAAGUUUGAUGAAAAAGGAGGGGAUGAGAAAGAUUGGGAGGAGACGAGGAAGAAAAUUGAUGGGUUUAGAGGGGCUUAUGGGACCAUAUUAUUUUACGAAGACCCAGAGAACACACAGAUCCUACAGGCCAAGUUCCCAUCAUACUACGAUAAGUUCCCACAAUGGUCUGAACAUACGAACGCUAUGCAUCAGUUCGUUGUAUGGACGGCUUUAGAGGCCGAAGGACUCGGAGCCUCUUUGCAACAUUAUAAUCCACUCGUCGACUCGCUUCUCACUUCGGAACCAGGGUGGAACAUCCCAUCGAGCUGGAAACUUAUUGCGCAGAUGCCGUUUGGGAAGCCGACGGCCUGGCCGGAGCCAAGGCCUGAAGGAAACUAUAACGGGAUGAAGAAGGAGUUGAAGGAGAGGCUGAGAGUUUUAAAGGGUAGUGAUUAG